GGUUUCGGACUGUUUCUAUUUUGAACGCGCACAAUAUCAUUGUCAUUGUCAUGAUGUCAUGAUAUGUCAUGAUUGUCAUGUCUUUUUUAUGUCAUGCCAAGGAAGAAAUUGUGAUAUCAAUACAUUAUUAAUUGAUUUCGUUAAUAUAUCAAAUUUGCAGUGAUUAGUGAACGGUUCGCUAUUGUGUGGUUCAAGAAAUAUAAAUCAAGCCUUUAACAUAAAAUGUCUACACCCGCUCGUCGACGCCUGAUGAGGGACUUCAAAAGAUUGCAAGAGGAUCCCCCUACUGGAGUCAGUGGUGCACCCACUGAUAACAAUAUUAUGAUAUGGAAUGCAGUUAUUUUUGGUCCUCAUGAUACCCCAUUUGAAGAUGGUACAUUCAAACUAACUAUUGAAUUCACAGAAGAAUAUCCAAACAAACCACCUACAGUUCGAUUUGUUAGUCAUAUGUUCCACCCUAAUGUGUAUGCAGAUGGGGGUAUAUGUUUAGAUAUCUUACAAAAUCGGUGGAGCCCUACAUAUGAUGUCUCUGCUAUAUUAACUUCAAUUCAAUCUCUUCUAAGUGAUCCAAAUCCAAAUUCACCAGCGAAUUCUAUGGCUGCACAGUUAUACAAAGAAAACAGAAGGGAAUAUGAGAAGCGAGUGAAAGCUUGUGUAGAGCAGAGUUUUAUAGAUUAGCACUUUUGCCUAAACAUUUACCUGAGCUUUUCCACUAUUGUGCUUCAAAAUGUUGGCUAUACAUACUUUUUCAUUUUGAGUUGCAAUUCCGAUACCUAGGAUUUUAAUUUUCUGAAAAUAAAACAAUUUUUUCGAGAAUUAAUGUGAGUAUAUUAGAUUGUGCGUGAGUGCUUUCCUGUAUAUUUGUAAUGGAUUUUUCUGUAUUGAGUCAACUGAUUUUCUGCUAAGACAUACCAGUGAAAUUCAACCAAAAAUAACCUUAUGUAUGUCUAUAAGUCCCAUAAGUCAUGGAUCCAAAGUGGGAUGGUAGGUAAGACAAUUUCCAAUCAAACUAACCGUAUAUGUGGUUAUCCAAUUGUUGAUGGUUCAAAAGUUAUUAUUUCUAUAAUUAUUAUUAUUAUUAUAAAAUUAAUUACAAUGAAACUGUGUCAUAUUUAUCAUUUUUUCUUCAAGAAUUUUCAUCCGCGUGGAUAUACCAUCUCCCGAAAUCAUUUUUAUGGUCUGUGUUUUACUUCCUAUCAAUCAAAAAAAAUUUGUUCUCCUUAAGUUUCGGUGAAUGAAAUAUUUAAUUCAGUUGAUUUCAAUGUCGCUGGCAGAUUGAAAAACUACCCCAGAAAGAUAACCAACUAUGGAAGAGCAGUUGCCUUUCUCCUUGAAAAGAUGUGACUGAAUUCUUUUCUUUAAUGGAUGAAGACAUUAUUAUUAUUAUUAAAAAAGUUGCCCCUUUAAUACAGAUUCCAAAAUGGUAUAACGUAUAACAUACGGGGUUAUUCAAAACUGCCUUUUUGUAAUUAAUUUUUUUCAAAUGGGUCGUGUUUUUUCAGAAAAAAAACUUUUGAACGGUAUACA